AUGGGAGAAGAAGCACCUUACCCCGGUCGCGUAAGAACCGAAAUCGCGGCGAGUUUUUCAAAUGUCGGCCCAUCGCUCUCGCACCUCCAGCGUGAUACUGGUCACGGUGUGGGCAAACUUCGCCGUGAGCCAGGGAUCCCCAAUCCCAGUCCACCCAGUCCUCAAAGGGGGACCGCCUUGCGCCUGGGGGUUCUUCCAGCGCAGGAGAGGCGCAUGGGCCAGGUCCACGAAUACCACGCGAGGUUGCUGCUGGCCGUCGUUAUCGUCAUUGUCACGAGCCGAUGGCGACCGGACAAUGACAUUCCGGGGCUCGAGAAGAUUCUUCUCGUAGAUUCGGCUUUCGAGGUCUACGAUUCUCCUUCAUGA